AUGCUGGUCACUGUUAUAUUUGAAAUAUUAUUACGGAAGUGUGGUUCUGCUGCUAUCAAACUGGUUACCCCGGACAACUAUAAGUUUUUUCUGAAGACAGUUCUAGAGAAUCGACAUGGCAAAUCAAGUGAAGCAGUCACUAAAGAUUCAGAAAAUAUCCCUGAAGAUUCUUCUACCACGAGGCCAGAGUGGAGGAAGCCUGAAAGAUCAACUACCCCAGAGAAAAAUUCAAUGAAGACCAAAAAGAGAAAGAGGGACAACAAAUUUGAGACAGACAAGCCUGGCCAAAAAGGAGCACUUAAAUCUACCAGUAAUGAUGGAUUAAGUUUACCCAAGAGAAGUAGGCAUUCCAGUGCCAAAAAUCCUAAUGUAAGAAGACCAGAAAAAAGUAGAAAAGGCAAGAAAAGUGGAAACAAAAGUUUCACUGGUGGUGGUGGGAAGAUGACUAAUACGGCAAAAGAUAAAGCAGCUUCUAAUGAAUGUUUAUCCAUUGAUUCUGCUGUAAUUGCUGAAAGAGAUUCAAAGAAAGGGAAGAACACAAGUGAAGUUAAUCAGUUGACUAUUUGGAGGCUGAUCAAGUGA